AUGUCAACAUGCGAGGCCAACGGCACUACUGAGCCUUCCCCUGCCACCGCCCAAGGCAAGACCAUCACGCUCAAGUCCGCCGAGGGCGAGAUGUUCCAAGUCGAGGAAGCCGUCGCCAUGGAGCUAGCCACCGUGAAGAACUUCUUCGACGACGGAACCAUCGACUCCGACAACGCCGCUGCUGCAGUCAUCCCGCUCCCCAACGUCUCCGCGCAGCCUCUGUCGAGGAUCAUCGUCUACUGCAGGAAGCAGGUGGAAUUCCGCGGGAGCGCUGCGCCUGAAAGCGAGAAGAGGAGUUUCAGCGACGAGUUCGUGAAAAAGCUGGAACUCGAGGAGGUGAGGGACCUGGUCCUGGCUGCGAAUUACCUCAACAUCCCUUACCUGCUCGACGUGCUAAACCAGAACGUGGCGGAUCGCAUCCAGAACAAGAGCGUCGAGUUCGUCAGGAAGUUCUUCGGGAUCGAGAACGAUUUCACCCCGGAGGAGGAGCAGGCCGUCCGCGAACAGAACGCCUGGGCCUUCGAAGGCGUGGACCAAGACUGA